GAAUCAUUCAGACCCUUAUUUAGCUCACACCGGUCCAAAUGACUGUAAAAUUGUCCAAGACAGGAUCAUAGUUUUACUUCCACUUUCACCCAUGAACACGAAAUUUCCUGCUUCUUUUUUGGAUCUUAACAGCAAGGGUCCUCAACCAUUGAUUCCCAGGAAAUUGUACUGCAAAAGCUAAGCUUACAAAGAAGGAGAAACCAUGGUCCAUGGACAACAAUGGCAGCAGUUACAAAAGAGAAAAGGAGAGCAGGCAGCACCUGCUCCUCCCUCCUCCCUCCCUCCCUCCCUCCAUGAGUUGGCUGACAGUGCUGUGCCUUGUUAUCUUGUAGGUGCCCCCAUUGAUUUCAUUUCAUCCCCCCUAACCUUUUGUCUCCUUCCACCCUCCUCCUCCCUCACUGCUGCUGCAGCUCAGCUACUACUUCCUCACUUCUCUGCUGCUUCUUGCUUGCUCCUCCUCCAACCUCUCCCUGCCCUCUGUGCUUGCUCCAGCUAGCUGCUCUCCCAACCUUCUUGCCUGAACCGAGGCCUCAUGUUGAAAUUUGGGCGAAGCCUCGCCUGCUGAAGAAAUCUCGGUGAGAGGUUUGCUCUCCUGCCGCAGCAAAGCUGGCCCGAGCUUGAUUGCGGCGGAAGAGGGCGGCUCCGUGACGGAAGCUUGCUUCUUUGGGCGGUUCCCGGUGCCGCUUUCGGCAGCAAAGGCGGGGCGGGAUCUCGCGUCCACUUGCGGCGGCGUUGCCGGAUCGAGAAAUCUCCUGCGGGCGGCGGCAACGGUUAGUACUGUACUUUGCAAGCAGGAGAGUGCCGCUCUUCUCGGCUGGCAUUGCGGGCCGUCCGUCUCGCCGUGCUCCGAGCGGGGGGACCGCGCGCACGCACGCAAGGUGUUCGCCGAAAAAGCGCGGCGAGCCAUGAGGGACUUCCCGUCCUGCUUCGGGGAGAGCGGCGUCCAGAUCGCGGACGCGGCGUCGUCGUCUACGUCGAGCGCGGGCACCAAGGGCGGCGCGGCGCAGAACCUGGUCACCUGCCUCUACCGGGCGCAGCUCGCCGGCCGGCCCUGCGCGAUCUCGGUCACCUGGAGCCGGAGCCUCAUGGGGCAAGGGCUCAGCGUCGGCGUCGACGACCUGUCCGGCUCCGGCUCCGGCUCCGGCCAGUGCCUCUGCAAGGCGGACAUCAAGCCCUGGCUCUUCUCCAAGAAGAAGGGGUCCAGGAGCCUGGACGCCGACGGCGGCAAGGUGGACAUCUUCUGGGACCUGUCGGGCGCCAGGUUCGGCGCGGGGCCGGAGCCACUAGAGGGGUUCUACGUCGCCGUGGUGUUCGACCUGGAGCUGGCGCUCCUGCUCGGGGACAUGAGGAAGGAGGCCUACCGGAAGACCGGCGCCACCCGGCCCGUGUCCAACGCCGCGUUCGUGGCCAGGAGGGAGCACAUUUACGGCAAGAAACUCUACUCCGCCAAGGCGCAGUUCUGCGACAAUGGCCAGUUCCAUGACCUCGUGAUAGAGUGCGACACCCUUGGCCUCAAGGAUCCCUGCCUCGAGAUACGGAUCGACAAGAAGCCCGUCAUGCAGGUGAAGAGGCUGGCAUGGAAGUUCAGGGGCAACCAGACCAUCCUCGUCGACGGCCUGCCGGUCGAGGUGUUCUGGGACGUCCACAGCUGGCUCUUCGGGUCGACGACCAGCAAUGCGGUGUUCAUGUUUCAGACAUGUCAAGCACCCGAGAAGUCGAUGCCGUGGUCGUACUCGCAGAUUUUCAGGGAGUCUAGAGCACAAGGUCUCGGCUUCUCGCUCAUCCUGUAUGCGUGGAAGAUCGAGUAGGCGUUUGCAGGACAACAAUUGGCUUCUGCACCUGCCUCCUUCCUAGUGCUAACAAGCUGUUUCAGUGAGUGUCUGUUCUUCCCAAUGCUAUGGGGACUCCAAUAUAUGUUUUUUUCAUUCUUCUCUUACCUUUGGUUUUGCCAUCUUUUGUGAACGUUGCUGUUGAACUGUCUGGCAAGAUUUUGUGACAUCCCAAGUGUGUUUUGGUCACUUCUUUCCCUUCCUCGUGCCCAAGUGAGUUCGGUUCUAUUGCUCUAAAUACUAGUUGAACUAUGACAAUGCUCUAAGAAAGAAUGUUGUCAUGAUGUAAGGUACAUACUCAAAGUUCAGAUACAGAGUAUUUGUUGAUGAUAAUAGUAUUGUCUAA